GCCAACGCCGGCCCCCGGCGGGCGCGCUCGGAGCCGAGGCCGGGAGCCGGGCUGGGGUCCCGAGAGGCCCCGCGGGCGCGGGCGGCAUAGGCUGGUUACCUUGUGUGGGCAGAGACCUCUUCACGGUCAGUUGGAGAGAGGAGCCUGACUGCCGCGCUCUCUCUGGAGACAUGAUCUUCUAAGCCCAAUGACUGUUUGAUGAGGUCCCGGAAGCCCGGCGGUGGUGUACAUUCCUCUUUCUUGGACAAAAGAUAUGUGAGUCUGGGAUUUUCCCACAGCCAAGGUCAGAAUGCUGCCCCUCCGUCAUGCUCUGGCUGUUGCUGCUGUCCAGGUCUUCAUCUUGUCAGAAAAUUGGGCAUUGGGCAAGAACAUCAACUUCUACAACGUGAGGCCUCCUCUGGACCCUACGCCAUUUCCAAACAGCUUUAAGUGUUUUACUUGUGAAAAUGCCGGAGAUAAUUAUAACUGCAAUCGAUGGGCAGAAGACAAAUGGUGUCCACAAAAUACACAGUACUGUCUGACAGUUCACCACUUCACCAGUCAUGGAAGAAGUACAUCCAUCACCAAAAAAUGUGCCUCCAGAAGUGAAUGUCAUUUUGUUGGCUGCCACCAUAGCCGAGAUUCUGAACAUACAGAGUGCAGGUCCUGCUGUGAAGGCAUGAUCUGUAACGUAGAGUUACCCACCAACCACACGAAUGCGGUCUUCGCCGUGAUGCGCGCGCAGAGGACAUCCGGCAGCGGCGCCCCCACGCCCUCCUUACCCGCGCUUGCCUGGGUCUCUGUGCUUCUGCUGAUGCAAAGCCACUGUUCCUAGGAGAGCAGAAACCGCCUCCUGAAGCACAGGCCAAAAACUGCGUGAACUCUGAACAUUUGAGUGAAGACCAGUUUCGCACUGGAAAACUGCAGUUUGGACCCCGAAGCGGAAGCCAGUUGUUUGCUGGGCUAGAGCACUCCUGCAUCAGGUCACGGGAUCAAGGAAGGGGACUGAGGAGAUCGUCUGGCUUCCCGGCUUCCUGGCCAGAGGGGCUGCAUUUUGUCACUUGCAGCGGGAGGAGCCUGCCAGCAUCUGUGACGGGUGGGUGGCGAUAAGCCUGUGUUGCUCCUGCCUGCCCAGGCUGUUAGCUGAAGGGAUUCGUCAACCCCAAGACUCUUUUGGAAGCUGCUGGACCAGACCGUCUCCUUACUGUGCAUGACGAGCUCAGAGUGUCUCUAUGAAAUCUCACCGUUCCCCCGUGAGAAUGCAGUUUUCCCACCAAUGACAUAGUCAAUGAGAAAGACAACUAGCUAUAGGAAGAAGACUUCUAGUUGACUAAUAAGAAACCCGUUUGCUCGUGUUGGGGGGGAAAUAAAAGCUUUAAAAUUAUACCAUGCAGAAUGCAUGCUUGUGUGUUUCUUGACUG